AUGCAUGAUUCCCCCAGUCAGAGAAUAACACUCUUGAUUACUUUCCUGUUGGCAAAUUUUAAUUUUUUGCCCCCUUCUCCCUUCAACCCCUUUUCGUGCGUUCAGAUAAACCAGUGGUCAAAUGUUAUCUGCGAAACGUCCAUGGAUUUUCUGUACUCCAAAUUGUUACCCGCGAAGUACAUAAUAAGUUGCUACAUUUUAAAAAGCGCAAACACGGAAGCGGCUCUUCGAUUUUCUACCUACUGGGACACGGGGGAUAAACACCUCCAGAUAUGCUGGCCAGAGGACCAAAAGAACAGCAACAUGCGCUGCUAUGUCAAUGUCUAUGUUUUAAAAAUUGCACACGAGGAAUAG